CCCUCAAAAUAGAAUAGUUAUAGUCGAAUGUGUAUAUGUACACCUAAAAUCAGUCACAUUUCUUAAAACAAAUUUACUAUUGAAUUUGAAAAUCUUUACGACAACAGAAAUAAAUUUACAUAUGGGUUAAACUUUAAUAAACAACAAAACUUUACAUUAUUCUUAUGAAAAUCAAUAAAUAUUUUACUGCAUUUUUCAACAUUCAGAAAAAUAUAUAAACAAUCAAUAUUGUCUACUUAUCCUUUAAUGUUUCCCGCCUUUUAUAGUUAAAAAACGCUAGAUUUGCAAAAAAUCUUAAAAUUGUCCACAUUGUAGAGCAGUGUUUUCUUUUAUAAAGUUUGUUGCGGUUUUUAUUUUUCUAUAUUUGUGUUUUUGUGUAAUUAAAUAAAAAUUCAAUAAAAGAUUGUAGAAUUACAAAAAGAUGACUACAUAGUUCUAUUAUGCAUAUGGCUGUGCAACAUUGUACAAUAUUAUAAUUUAAUUAAAAGUUAAAAACAAUAACUACUCACAUACAAGGUAUAUAUAGGUAUAUAUUUUAAUAACAAUGCAGUAAACAUCAUUUAAAAGUCAGUUGUAUUGAUUGGGAUGAUUAUUACAUAGAGUUCUCCUUAUACUUAUGAUUCACGAUACAAUAAACCAGAGACAGCAAGUGGAUGAGAAAGAUUGAAAAUAAAAUCUUUUUAUAAUGGCCUCUAAAACAACAUCAUACGCUUCAUCAUCAUCGCAAUCAGUGGUUACACCGAAGGAAUUGUUGUUAGUUUUGAGUAUUUUAAAUGAAAAACAGAAACUAAAACAUAAACAACAAACGGAGAAGGAGAUGCAACAGCAGCAGCUGCAGUAUCAACACCUCCACUAUCAUCACCAACACCAUGAGCUGCAGGAACAUAAACAACAACAGCUGCAGGAAAGUAAAUGGAAAGGCAAGCUGGAGGAGUCUCUGCAACUUAUGGAAUUGAGCCAAAUUGAGUUGAUAUAUCGUGCUGAGGGUAAUGCAAAUUUGGUGCUUGCAUUGCCGCAAUUUAAAAAAGUUUUACGUUUGCCAAAAAUUUACAAACAACACGAACAAAAGCAACUGGAACAAGAACCACAAUACCAGGAGACCGAAUGUAACCAAGGGCUCUCGCAACAACACCAACAUGCACAGGAGCAACAAAAGCAGCAGAAUGAAAUGAACCAGCAGGAGCCAAACAAGAUUUCAACUACCGGCCAGCAGCAAAAUAAAAACGACGCUGUUGGAAUCUUGACAAUGGACCAUUAUGUGGCUUAUAUUAGUAUCAUACGUUGUCUUGUGGGAAAUGAGUUUGUAUUUGAAGCGGAUAUUGUUGCAGUGCCAAAUCCCAUUGACAGACACUGGAUAAAUGAGCACAUUAAGCCUUAUAGGCCAGCUAAUCGCUUGGAUAAAGAAUUUGGUGGCCAUUUCGGUUUGUUACUACCAGAUGCUACCCAACUGCCUGCAGAGUUCGAUAUUUUAUGUUCCAACUUACAGCGUAAAAAACAGCCAGCAACAGAAACAACGGUUACAAAAACAUCACAAUGUAGCAACAGCAUCAGCAUUAAUAACAGUCGCAACAUAAGCAACAAUAUAUUCGGUUCAGAUACUUUCGCCAUUGAAAUAAAACCAAAACAAGGUUGGCUGUUGCCAAACGAUGUUAACAAUUUAUUUGAUAUAAAGCCAAAAAAAACACAAACAAUAAGAGCAGCACAACCACCAAGUUUAAGUGAAACAACAACAUCAAAAGCGGCUGUUGCAACAACAGUACCAACAGCGGCACCAGCAAAGGCAUUAAAAUCAUCAACAGACAGUGGAUGUUUUACUACCACUCAAACUGAGCCAUCACGAACAAUAAUGGCAGCAACAACAACACCACCAGUAAUAUCACAACAAGCGGAGGCAAUGACCAGUCGUUGUUGUAACAACAGUACAAGUGGCACAACAAGAAAUGACAAAAUAUCACAUUCAUUAUACGACAGGGUGGAUACCAGGUGUCGUUAUUGUUGUAUGCAGUUUUUAAAGAUAAAACAACAAAAAAUAUAUAAACGUAAUCAAUAUUGUCCAAUUGAUUUGUUUUCUGGAAAUACGGAGCAAAUGUUAUUCGCGCUUCAAUCCCUUUUCGAGUGUCCUCAAAAUAAUUUGCGUAUUUUUAGAAACGGCAACAUUGUGUUUGAUGACCAAAUAAGUAGAACGUCUAAAAUUAAUGAACUAUUUUCAAGUGACAAACUACAGCUUAUAAAACAUUUGCUGGUAACGUGUCUGUUGAGGGAAUACGAGGGGAAAGUAGAAGCAAAAUUCGGUGAAAUAAAGCAAACGAACAAAGAGACCAAACAAGAGCAAAUACAUACAAGUACUGCAUCAGUUGCUGCUGUUAAGGAAGGAGAAGCAGAUGGAGAUGAAUAUGGCGCUGGUAUUUGUGCUGGCGUUGUUGUUGGUCAACCACAGUUAAGUGUAACUUCAUGCAAAAAACAAAAACUCAACACAAUGCCAAAAACAACAGUAGCAGCAAGUAGCACUACACUAACGGAAACGGAAGUGACUAAAGUUAAAUCAACAUUGACUUCAGCAAAACCCAUCUUUACAAUGGACACUACUUCAACGUCCUCCUUCGACUACAGCACUCGGUGUCUAGAGCAAAUCAACAAAGCGGAAGUGACCUGCUUACCAAAGAAUUGUGUCUUGCAAAAAAUUUUACAUUUACAAUCGUUGGCCAAGAUUAAUCUUCAAUUUAUGCUUGACCAUGAAUAUGCUGAUAAAAAAGGAAAAACAUACAACAUCAUAUGCAAACUACUUGAAAAAUUUGCUAAAAAUCACAACGAGCUGACACUUUGCCAAUUAUCUCCGGAGGAACAAUACAUUUUAGGUGCCACUGCUUUGGAUUGUUCCAUAAUGAUAACAUUUUGUGAAAUUGAAAAUGACGAAUACCCUAAAGAAAGUUUAAUUGACAGUCCUCAUGUUGUGUCGAUAUUCGGUAAGAGAUUUUUAACAAAAGUCACUCUAUUGGAUUUGGACCCGAAACCAGAUGCACACUUUAACAAAUACUGUUCACAAACCAAACAAAUAACCGAUGCAAUGAAUGAUCUAUAAUCACAGGUGUAUGUGUAAAUGAAAAGGAUAAAAGCUGCUUAGCUCAGUUAUCAGCACGCGUUAAUACAAAAGACUUCAAAUAUACCACAAACAAUACCAACACAGAUCAUUGUGUUGGAAACAACACAUUUGCCUCAAAUGCAGGGAUUUAGAAACAAACUCUCUCGCUCUCUUGGAUGACAAAGGAUAUUUUAUUUCCAACAACAUUUAAGCUAAAUAAGAAAUAAAUGUGGCUCCGCCUUGUUGAAUAUGAGUGUAUGUAUGGAGGUAAAAAACACCAGCAACAACAACAUGACCAACCAACCUCUUCUCUUUCAUUCUUCAAACAUCCACCAAAACGAGUUUCCAAUUUGAAUUUGUGUAUCAACAUUUCCCCUGCCGCAAAUACUGUUUUGUAUGGAAGGUAGCAAACAUAACAAGCGUUUCUUUAUUAGAGGUACGUUACGUGUUGGCUUCUGUGCUAGAAUUUUUGGGCUUUCAUGUUUAUUGCUACCUUUGCUUUAAGACAGAAAGUACUUUACGCGGUUUUGGCGCUUGGAGUUAAACGGAUUUAACGCGUUUUAACUAAUGCUAAAUAAAUAUCAAACAGCACAAAAUCAAUUCAAUUAAGUAUUAAGCGGUUGAAUAAUUUUCAUAUUAAAAUAAUAAAGUAGUUUCAAGUGACAACUUUAAAU